AUGGGCGCCUCCGACAGCAAGCUCGCCUUCAAGCACAGCGUCUUCGGCCUCGCCGGCAGAGAGGACAUCCCGCACAGCGAUCCACUAUGGACAGAGGUAUCGCUGUCGUGCAACGAUCCGUGGUGUCUCAGUCACUGACGAGGGCCCCUCCCGCAGAUCUACACCCUCCCCGAGUCCGCCAACGACGUCUUCUCCCUGUGGUCGCCAAACGACAUCGGCUGUCUCACUCUCAGCAACAAGGAAAACCACCCGCAGCCUGGCGAGCAGGUCGACCCGAACAAGAACCUCGAGACCCUCCUCUACGUCCUCAUCGCACGCCUGCAGCUUCUGCAGGAGACCACCGUCUAUCCCGAUGACCCACGAGCCCAGAAUAAUGAGAUCCUCAACUGCAUGCGCAUUUUCACCCGCGUCAUACCCUUCAUCUACGAGGCCGAACACCUGAGAGAAUGGCACGACCGCUUCUUGUGGCAGAUGCAAAAGCCGACCUACUUCUGGGACAAGAAGCGAGACCAGCCAGGCACGCUGUUCGAUGGCCUCAAUCCAGGCAAGACGUAUAGAAUGGAGGAGUUCGAUCUGGACAUCGGUCCGCCAUUGGGCUACACUCUGCUAGAGCUCAUGGCCAAGUUCCUGUUUUUGCCAGGCUUUGCUAUUCCAGCGCGACUGGACGACCACGGUAAUCCCGACCUGGAGUGUGCUGUGCGUGUCUGGCAGACUGGUAUUGGCAGCGCCAGGAGCUUGGGCUGCAGCAAGUAUCAUGAGCGGAACCAACAAGAGACUGUUCGCUUGCUCGUUGCGAUAUCAAGCAACACCAUGUACAUUGCACCAAGUGCGUUCCAGCAUUAUCCCGAUGUCAUUAUGAGGCCUGCGCUAAUGACCACUGCAGACGAGGUUGCUAUCACCAACGUGAAGCCGCUCACCUACAUGACCACCAGAUUGGACAAGCGGGUCGUCAAUGGCAUCCUCUGUUCUUUGCUGAACACGGUAAGUUGAUGCAACCAAGUUAAAGACCAAACAAGUCCUCUUGAAUUCUGGAUAUCUUUGUCUAGCAACUGAUUUGUCCUGUCGGCGGGAUUCUUGGACCUCAGUAAGUAUGGGCAUCCUUAUUCUAAUGAUGUUGGCAGGUUCUCAAGUACAACCCGAACCUUUGGAGUGUGCCAAUAGAGAUGGCCAUGGGCUCGGUCGAUUCCAAGAAGUUCCUGGUCACGAAUUGCCUGCAGCUCAUUCUCGUGCUGAUGGUCUACGUGCCGCCAGGAGUGGCCAAGAACCAGUUCAGGCAGUCCAUGGGCUCUCUACAUCGGGCGGACGACUUCCAGUUCAUCCAGUCAGGCUUGAAUACGGUCCUUGCUCAGCCGGUAAACGUCGCCAUCGGUCAUGAGCCAAAACGCAUGACUAACUUCCAACGGCAGGUAUCCGGUGCCUUCAACAAUCCUCUUAAUAGGGAGAAGGCGGUCUCUUGGGCACCAGAAAUGAUCAGCUUCUUCUGGGAGUUGGUCCAGUGCAAUCGCCGCUUCCGUCGCUAUCUCAUCGACACGCGAUGCGUUCUGGACCUGAUGAUCCUGGUGCUUUUCUAUGCCAUGGAUUCCAAGGAUCAGCCCUCCAAACACGGUGUUCUGCGCAUGUGCGUCCUCCUGCUCCAAACUCUCAGCAAUGAGGAGCGAUUUGCAGACAAGCUCAACAUCGUGUUCCGUCAUCCAGAGACCCUGCCGCCGGUGAUGCGCAUCGCCAAAUUCCACGGAUCGUAUGGCGACUUUCUCCUCUGUGUAAGUGAUUGUUGCGGAAAAUCUAUAACGCUCUCUGCCACUGACAGUCGCGACAGACCAUCUUCGAGAUAUUCACGACGACUAAGAAUCAUGUGGAGUCCCUCUUCCCUGCAUCAGCGGCCAUCGUUGCCAAUAUCUUGCCAGGACUUCGUCACCUUGGCCGAGCCACGAGCCUCAAGCUUAUGGUGCUUUUCGAGCGGCUUAGCAAGUUGGACUUCCUCAUGCAGAAGGAUUCGAACAAAGAACUGGUGUUGAACCUGAUGUUCGGUAUGAACGAGCUCGUGGAGAAGAGCGUGCACGGUGUGUAUUGACCGUCCCCUCUUUCUGCGAUCGCUGUUGAGAGCCUCGUGUUGCUCUGAUGCGCGCUGCAAUUUUGGUGGAGUUGUAGCUUAGGGAUUCGGUGGCUCGGGGGGGCCUGAGCCUGCGAGUCUCUUCGUUCAUGCUUCUACGAAUCCGGACAGCGAUCUCUGACCUGUGAUUUUUUGUUGCUCGAGAUGUCAAUGAGACGUGGCUGUUGGCUGACAGGUGAUGCUCAUGUUCAGAGAAUGGCCGCUUCGUCGAAGCGCUGGUGGCUCAUCGUAGCCGCUUCAGGGCACUCAGAGAGUUCACCAUCGACGGUGCUCUCGCAGAGUCAGAUCGCCAGGCUCAGGAGCGAAAGGAGCGAGGCCUUGAUGCGUCGGGUAUCCGGAGUCCAGCGUCGCGCACGACGUCCAUGGAUAACAUACGAGGCUCGCUACAAGGCCCGCAACCCUUCAGGCCCACUUCCCUCGAUAAUGUGCCCGAGGAUGGUAGAUUCACCAUUGGAGACGACGACGAUAACCAUGGGCAUGACACUGACGAUCUAGACGCUCACGAAGUUCCGCAACGGUCCAACACCACUGCAGCAUCACAUGCGGAAGGGGCCGAGGAGGCGCCAGAACGAAGUCUCAGUGAGAAGGCACGUGGCAAACAGCCCGCGACAGCAACUUCCACUCCAAUAGAAUCCACCUCACGCAACACAUCCACCGCGAGCCUACCCGCGCUCACACAAUCCGCAACAACACCAUCACAAUUCGUACCUACGCAGGAGUGGCUAGACAGCUGGCACCCUAAGAUCCUACCGCUGCUCGACAACAUCCUCAAGACCAUAGACCUCGCAGAGACAAAACAGCUACAGUUCAAAGAACCUCCACCUCCAACACCACUCACGCCUCUCAAUGGAGCGACAACGCCAAGACCGGCAGAUGCAGACCUUCCCGCCUCUUCUCCCAAAGCACAACCACCAGGCGAAGAAGGAGGAAGAAAAAUCUCUCAAUCCGCCCAACUCUCUCAAGCCGGAGGCGGCGGUGGAGCAGAAGCUCCACGUCGACCCGAUGGACAAAGUCCUCUCCAAGCUGCAGGUAAUACAUCACGCACUCCCACGCUGCCUCAGAGACCUCCUUAUUAAUUUUCUCAUUAGAGCCUCCCUCACCAGCACCAGGCGGACACCCCAAAAUAGCCUUCGAAUGGACGGCCAUGGCAAUCGGCUGGUAUACAGCCCUCAUUUGGAGCCGCAUCUACCUCACAGAAGCCGAAGCCUUCCAGGGCAGUGGAGGGCUGUUCAGCAGCACGAAUGUUUUGCUUUUCCGGAGAGGGAGAGAGCAGGUGGCGCAGUCUCCCCUGGGCAGUGGAAUUACCCUGCGCAGCCCUAGGGGCGCUAUAGAUGCGGUGGGCGAUGGCAUUCUGAGGGGCAUAAGUAGUAGUGUGGGGAGUAUUGGAAAGGCAGGGGGCUAG